AUGAAUGAGAACUUUGAUGAAGAUAUAAAACAACGUCGACGAUAUGCAAGUGAUUCGAAUACGAAUAAUAAUAAAUAUGAUUCAACUUUACUUGUUACUUCAUUUCUUCAAUAUCUACGUAAUGAAUUAAGAAAAUCAACAAAUGAUAAAGCAAAUGAAUAUUGUCGACAUACAAAACAGAAAUCAUCAAAAAAUAUAAUUUCAUCAUCAAUAAUAACGUCUCAAUCGAUUAUAAUGAAUGCUCAAGAACGAAAUGAAAAUUCAUUCGAAAUUAAUGAGCAUAAUGAAAUAUUAACACUAAUUAAUUUACUUGUUCUACGUGUUGAAUGUUUAUCAAAUGAAAGAAAAUCAAAAAAACGUAAAAGAAAAAAAGAUAAAUAUCCAACUGUUGCAGAAGUUGACCAAAAUUUAAUUGAAUAUCUUUAUUAUCUUUUCAAAAAAUUUAUUAAUGAUGAUACAAAUAUAUCAAAUGAUGUAAAAACACCAAUUAUUGAUAAAAAUAAUUUUGUUAGUGUUUGUCAAACAUUAGUACGUAAUGGUUGUUUUGAUAUGCCAUCAACAACACUAUUAAAAUCACCAAAUCAAUCAUUUUCGGACUCACUAAGUGCUAGUGAACAUACAUCAAUUUCACAAACAAUUGUACAUGAAUAUUAUCCAGAUACAAAUCAGAUUGUAGAAGAAAAAUCAUUGACAAAUGAUCAAAUAUCUCCAAUGAUAUCAACUGAAAAAGAAACAUGGCUUAUUGUAGACUUUGCAACUCGUCAAUCCGAAGAAACCCUAAAAGCCCCUGAAGACACGGUGAGUUUUUAUUGUAUAUAUAUAUAA